UGCGAGACAAGACAAGACAAACGGGCGAGAAACUUGGGGAAUUGUUCUUUCUCGACAAAAACACAACUUGAUGGAGCGAUAGUAUUGGCAGAUUCUCUCUCAGCAAUUAGUUACUCCCAUAAUCUAAUUCACCAUGUCGACGCCGGCGAAGGAGGGGCCAGAGGUCCCCGGAAAGAAGAAGGGUGGAUUGUUGUCGAGAAUGAAGACGGUAUUGAAAAGAAGCGAUGGAUCCAAGAGGCUAUCAUUUUCCUCCAAACCAUCUGCAGCAACAGCUGGUCCCAGCACCACAAAACCAGCCGAACCAACCCCAGCACCAAUCCCCGAACCAGAAACCGCUCAAGAAGACGACAUCCCCAGCGGAGUAACCAAAAUAAUGCGUUCUCAAAUCGACGCCGACCGCGCUCGCAAACUAGGUGAACGCUUCGCCAUCACAGUCGAACCGCUCUCCACCGGGCCCGACAAGCAAACCUACCGCAUCGAGAAGCCGAUCCGGAUGCGCAUCCACCGGUCCUGCCACCGCUGCAACACGACCUUUGGCAACAACAAGAUCUGUGCCCAGUGCGAACACACGCGCUGCAAACAAUGUCCCCGCUACCCAGCCAAGAAGACCGAGAAGAAGGAGAAGGGACCAUCUACUACUUCUGCUCCAAUCGUCGUGGGAGGCAUAGAACCAGAUACAUACUAUGGCCUGAGAGAACAACUCAUCCUCACCAAACCGAACCCGAAACCAAAUGCCCAGCCAUUAGUGAGGAAGAAGCCCAUGCAAAGGGUUCGGAGGACCUGUCAUUCGUGCUCGAGUCUCUUCCCGCCUGGGAUCAAAACUUGCGCUACGUGCCAACAUAUCCGCUGUGCUGAUUGUCCUCGGGAUCCCGCCAAAAAGAAAAAAUACCCCGACGGCUACCCCGGCGACGCACCCUCCUCCAACACCUCCCUCCCCGUAAAAUACAACUGCCACAAAUGCAACAAAACCUUCCCGCCGGUCCCACACCCGGACUCAGCAGAGGGGAUAGCGCGGCGAGAGAGCGCGGAGCCGGGGCCCGAGUGCGUGAGGUGUGGACAUGGGCUUUGUGGCGAUUGUCCCCGUGCGCCGCCGGGCAGGGUGGAACCUGCGCCCGAUCCGGAGGUGUUGAGGAGUGUGAGGGAGAAGUUGGCUGCGUUGAGUGUUGGGGGGUCGGGGGCUUGAUUGGGGCGGAAAGAGGAAGGGAGCAAGGAAGGAAGUGUGCGUUCUUAUUCUUUGGAUGGGAGAGAGGCGGUUUGAUACCUUUGUUUGGUUUGGGUUGGGUUAUGGCUUGGCUUGUUGUUUCGAGGCAGGAGAAGAAGGGGAAGUUUGUAUAUGGAUGGAUGGAAAGAUUCUCAUGAUGAGGAGGAGGAGGAGGAGGAGGAGGAGGAGGGAAGCAUUUCAAAAUAUGAAUGGAUGGAUGGCA